GCCUGCGCAGUAGGUCGCGGCGUGACACGCGUGUGGAGGAAGUGCAGUGACAGCUCUGCGGCAGCUCCACGGAACCGGCUAAACUUCGCUUUUAUUUAUCCGCGUUAAAAUGUCGUGGCUGUUCGGUCUGAACAAGGCGCAGCCGGAGGUGCCUCCUGGUCUCCCGGUUCCGCCUCCACCUCCUCCGCCGUCCGGAGGCUCCAGUGGCGGAGGAGAUAGACCCAAGGACAAAUGGAGCAACUUCGAUCCCACCGGGCUGGAGCGAGCUGCUCAUGCGGCCAAGGAGCUCGACAAGUCCCGACAUGCCAAAGAGGCGCUGGAGCUGUCACGAAUGCAGGAGCAGAGCACUCAGAUGGAGCAUCAGAGCAAAAUUAAGGAAUAUGAAGCAGCAGUUGAGCAGCUCAAAGGCGAUCAGAUACGAAUCCAAGGAGAGGAGAGGAGGAAAACUGUCAACGAGGAGACCAAGCAGCAUCAGGCGAGAGCCCAGUACCAAGAUAAGCUGGCCAGACAGCGAUAUGAGGAACAACUAAGGCAACAGCAAGCGCUGAACGAGGACAACCUGCGCAAACAGGAGGAGUCUGUACAUAAACAGGAGGCCAUGCGGAAAGCAACGAUAGAGCACGAGAUGGGGCUGAGGCACAAGAACGAGCUGCUGCGCAUCGAGGCCGAGACCAAAGCACGGGCCCGCGUCGAGCGAGAGAACGCCGAUAUAAUCCGCGAGCAGAUCCGUCUGAAGGCCGCAGAACACAGACAGACGGUGCUGGAGUCCAUAAAGACUGCAGGUGCUGUGUUUGGAGAAGGAUUCCGGGCCUUUGUGUCGGACUGGGACAAAGUGACGGCCACGGUGGCAGGACUGACCCUUUUGGCUGUGGGAGUUUAUUCCGCCCGAAAUGCCACAGCCGUGGCGGGACGUUACAUAGAGGCGAGACUCGGGAAGCCGUCUCUGGUGCGGGAAACGUCGCGGUUCACCGUCGCGGAGGCAAUCAAGCAUCCAGUGAAGACGGCCAAACGGCUGAAGAGCAAACCUCAGGAUGCCCUCGAGGGAGUCGUGCUCAGUCCUUCCCUGGAAGAGCGUGUACGCGAUAUCGCCAUAGCAACAAGGAACACGAGGCAGAACAACGGCCUCUACAGGAAUAUCCUCAUGUACGGCCCUCCAGGAACGGGCAAAACGCUCUUCGCUAAGAAGCUGGCGGUGCAUUCUGGGAUGGACUAUGCGAUCAUGACUGGUGGUGACGUGGCACCCAUGGGCCGCGAUGGUGUGACCGCUAUGCACAAAGUGUUUGACUGGGCCGGUACAAGUCGGCGCGGACUUCUUCUUUUUGUUGAUGAAGCCGACGCAUUCCUUCGCAAGAGAUCCACUGAGAAGAUCAGUGAGGACCUUCGAUCCACUUUGAAUGCAUUCCUGUAUCGUACUGGAGAGCAGAGCAGCAAGUUCAUGCUGGUGUUGGCCAGUAACCAACCAGAGCAGUUUGACUGGGCCAUAAACGACCGCAUUGACGAAAUAGUAAAUUUUGCUCUGCCAGGCCCCGAUGAGCGGGAGAGGCUGGUGCGGUUGUACUUUGACAAAUAUGUCCUGCAGCCUGCCACAGGAGGGAGGCAGCGGAUGAAGCUGGCACAGUUUGACUAUGGUCAAAAGUGCUCCGACAUAGCGAAGCGGACAGAAGGCAUGUCCGGAAGAGAGAUCUCUAAACUGGGCGUGGCCUGGCAGGCGGCAGCCUAUUCCUCUGAAGAUGGCGUCCUGACAGAGGCUAUGAUUGACGCUCGAGUGGGUGACGCAGUCAAGCAACACCUUCAGAAGAUGGACUGGCUGCAUGGAGACGAGGAGCCGCAGGCCAAGGCCUUUACUCUUCCCCCAGCUGGAGCGACAGCCGGGGGGGGCAAGAUGGGCUUCAAUCUGCCGCUCGGUGAGGCAUCGGAGGCCCAGGACGUCAUCGCCCCGUUCCUCGAGGUGAAAGAGGAACAAGAAGGUGGAAGUGUACCGCCUCCGUCGGACAUCAACGCCCAGCCGGCAGAUGGCCAAAGCGCCCCCCCGGUAGGAAAGGACUGUGACGAGGCGGCCAAAGUGGAGGCGAAGAAGGAAGACAAAACCGGAUCUCCUCCUCCUAAGGAUGGAACUCCAGUUUAAGCUGUGGAUGCCGAGUGGCCUGGAUUAGAAGGAUUAGUGUUCUGCCCCUUUAAGUCGUCUGUAGUUUAUCUUAUCUUUGACAGGAUGAGUUCAGCAGUCAGGGCAGAUAAUCGAUUAACAACAAAACACUAAUGCCCGAGGCUCUUUGAUUCUAAUAAAAUAUACAUAGUAAAAGUGUACUUUACAGACUGUGUCUACAAUAAGAAUAAUAUACGUGAUGUGCACAGUGUGUCUGUGGAAAUUAUUAAAUGGAUUUGUGUUUUUGUAAACUGCA